GCGGAGCGCAAAACCAGUCAAUAUGAAGAUAAACAUGGAGCCUUCCCCUCGCUGGGGGUCACUGGUUUAUGAAAUAGUUCGUUAGUAAGCAGGAAGCCGGCAGGAGGCUCACUUCAGGUACACUGUGAUGCGUUCAGGCUCUGCUCAGUGAACACCUGAACAUUAUGAUGUUAUCAUCAUGUGUUCACCGGUCGGGUGGUCCAAAAGUGAAUCCAGAUGUUUUUACAUAAAUAUAAACAAGACAUUAGAGAAGAUUUAUGAUGCUGACUCCUUAACGCAUUAUUACACAACACAUUAGUAUCAUGACAAUAAAAACUGUGUGUGUUAAAGUGUGUGUUUUUUAAUGCAGAAUUGCUGUGGUGAAACAAAUAUUAUUGAAAGAUAAGAAGAUACAGAUAAGAAAAAAACAAUAGAAACAAUCUUCAUCAGUUAAUAUUCAUCACCAAAUGAUCAGAAGGUAGGAUGAAGUUCACUUCCAGAAGGUUCCUUGAUAUAUGAAUGAAUAUCUUUGUAUCUCCAUCAGCUCCUCGUAACUACCGUCUUGUGCCCGGCAGCCAGAGAGCAGCACUUAGGACGUCUUUUCCACCUCUCUGUCCAACAUGGACACAUUUUUCCGCCGUCACUUUAAAAGGAAGGAGGCCGCUCUGCCGGCGGGGGGGGAUUCUAACUCCGCCCCUCAGCGGCGGCCCGGUGUUGCUGUGCCAACCAGCAAGGCCCGCCGGAGGUCCAAUGCUGGGCUUCCUUCCUCCUCGCUGAACCAGCGGCGCCGCCCCAGCGUCCAGCUGCCAGAGGCGCCGCCGUUUGCCGGUGGGGGGCGCCUGGCGAGGGCCGCCCGGCACAACAGGUGGGCAGGACACGUCCGGCGGCGCUCCAGCACCACCACGCCCAACCUCAACCCCCGGUUUGCCGUGUCCAGGAGGAAGGUGGGGAAGCUGAGGACCAUCGACACCCACUUGCUGGGCCCGUCCAUGCUGCUUGCCAGCCUCAUCCAGAUGGCGGAGGAGGAGGAGGAGGAGGGGGAGGGGGGGGAGGGGGAGGGGCUACCAGCCAAAGAGCAGCAGGUGGAGGUAAGGGCCGGUGCCAGCAGCAGUAGGAUGUUCUCGCGCUCAAGCAGCCUCCACUCGAACGGAGACGAAAGUAGCAUCAAUUACUCCAUUGACGGCCAAUCAGAAGCCGGCCAGCUGUCAGAGGCGGAGCAACUGGAGGAGGAGGAAGACGACGUAGCUUACUCGUCGCGCUUCUCCUCCUUCGGCCCGGGGAGGAGAGAGGCUCCGCGGCCCCCGCCCGCCUCGCGGCCCCUCAUCCGGCCCCCCCGCUGCCUGAGGAGGAACUCGUCUCAGCUGUUCUCAGAAGAUGGCAGCGCUCCGUUGGGCCGCCACCGGGCCUCCGGCCAGAGGAGGAGGAUCUCCACCAUCUCCAAGGCCGGGAGCCCCUGGCCCGGGAGAGGCCCCCCGCUGCCCAACCGCAGGAGCUCGGUCCACUACCUGAACCACCCGGCCUUCUACCGGGGCCCCGGGGCCCUCAGCCUGCUGGGAGACCCCCAUCUUGAGAGCUGGAGCUGCUUCCUGCUGAAAGCCAUCGCAAAGUCUGGUCUGCAGCCUGCAGCCUCGACCUCCGGCCCGACCGACCCGCUGCCGGAGCCCGACGGCACCGUCAACUGGAGCGACAACGCACAGUUCGGAGACCACAUCUGGUUCGAGACCAGCAUCUCUGGAGACUUCUGUUACGUGGGAGAGCAGUACUGCGUUGCUAAGUCCGCGCAAAAGUCGAUGGCGAGGAAGAAAUGUGCCGGCUGUAAGAUAUCGGUGCACACGACGUGCAUGCAGCAGCUGGAGAAGAUCAAUUUCAGGUGUAAGCCGUCAUUUAGAGAACCAGCAGGCCGGUCCGUACGAGAGGCCCACAUUGUGCGACACCACUGGGUCCACCGGAGACACCAGACUGGGAGGUGUCGACAGUGUGGGAAGGGGUUCCAACAGAAGUUCUCCUUCCACAGCAAAGAGAUCGUUGCCAUCAGCUGCUCGUGGUGCAAACAGGCCUAUCACAACAAGGUGACGUGCUUCAUGCUGCAGCAGAUAGAGGAGUGCUGCUCUCUGGGAGCUCAUGCUGCUGUCAUCAUCCCUCCUACCUGGAUCAUCAGGGUCCGUAGAACACAGACGUCCCUAAAGUUGAGUAAAAAGAAGAAAAGGACGUCGCUGAAAUGCAAGUCGAGCAAGAAGGGAUCGGAGAUCCAAGAUGGCCGUUGGAAGCCCUUCCUGCUGAAGCCCCUCCCGUCUCAGCUCAUGAAGCCUGUGCUGGUGUUUGUCAACCCGAAAAGUGGAGGAAACCAGGGAGCUAAGAUCAUUCAAUCCUUCAUGUGGUACCUGAACCCCCGGCAGGUGUUCGACCUGACCAAGGGAGGACCCAGAGAGGGGCUGGAGCUCUACGCCAAGGUGCCCAACUUGAGGGUCCUGGCCUGCGGGGGGGACGGGACGGUCGGCUGGAUCUUGUCCGUGUUGGAUGAGCUGAAGCUCUGUCCUCCGCCUCCUGUGGGAAUCCUCCCUCUGGGGACCGGCAAUGACCUGGCGAGGACUCUCAACUGGGGGGGGGGCUACACCGACGAACCAAUAACAAAGAUCCUCUCCCACGUCGAGGACGGAAACAUCGUGCAGCUGGACAGAUGGAACCUCAACGUGGAGGCGAACCCGGAGGCCCCCCCAGAGGACGGGGACGAGCAUCAGACCGACAAGCUUCCCAUCGACGUCUUCAACAACUACUUCAGUCUGGGCUUCGACGCCCACGUCACGCUGGGUUUCCACGAAUCCAGAGAGGCCAACCCGGAGAAGUUUAACAGCCGCUUUAGGAAUAAGAUGUUCUACGCAGGAACGGCCUUCUCUGACUUCCUGAGCCGGAGCUCCAAAGACCUCGCCAAGCACAUCAGAGUCGUGUGUGACGGAACCGACCUGACGGCCAAAGUCCAGGACCUGAAGUUACAGUGUCUGCUCUUCCUCAACAUCCCCAGGUACUGUGCUGGCACUGUGCCCUGGGGUCACCCUGGGGACCACCAGGACUUUGAACCACAGCGCCACGACGACGGCUGCAUCGAGGUCAUCGGCUUCACCAUGACGUCUUUGGCCACGCUGCAGGUGGGGGGACACGGCGAGCGACUCCACCAGUGUAAGGAGGUGACCCUCACGACCUUCAAGUCCAUCCCCAUGCAGGUGGAUGGAGAGCCCUGCAGGCUGGCUCCCUCCAUCAUUAGGAUCCACCUAAGGAACCAGGCCAAUAUGGUGCAGAAGACCAAAAGGAGGGUCUCCAUGCCCCACCUCAACGAUCAGCAGCCGGUUCCAGAGAAGUUCCAAAUCAGAGUGAACCGGAUCAGCAUGGCGGCCUACGAGGCUCUGCACUACGACAAGGACCAGCUGAAGGAGGCCUCGACCUCUCUGGGAGUUAUCACUGUCCCCAGAGACAGCGACCUGGAGACGUGCCGUCUGCUCAUCGAGCGUCUCCAUGAAGACCUGGAUCAGGUCCACCAGAGACAGGACGGAGCGGUGAUGGAGGAGGAUGCUCCGUCUCCACAGGAGUUGUCAAUGAAGUGGUGUUUCCUGGACUGUACCACCGCAGACCGGUUCUACCGGAUCGACCGUGCUCAGGAGCACCUGAACUACGUGACGGAGAUCUCUCAGGAGGAGCUCUACAUCCUGGACCCGGAGCUAGUUGUCAAGGAGACGAUGGGCAUUUCCCCCGGCGUGCUGGACCUGGUGGGUUCAGAGGACCCCCAGAGACAGUUUUCCUUCAUGGUCUCACCCCCCUCCUCGAGCCCCCCGAGGCUCAGGGACCAGAGGAAGAGGGUUUCCAGUGGCAGCUCCAGUGAGUCUUUGUCUCAGAGUUUCUGUAAGAGCGCCCUCUGCAGUCCUUCCAGAGGGCCGUCACAUAACCCGCAACAAGAUGCUGAGCUCAUCAGCAGCAUUGAGGCUGAAGAUCUGGACCGGCUGACGGAGCUCCACCAGCAGGGGGCGGACCUCCUGCUGCAGGACCUGGACGGCUGCACGUUGCUGCAUCGAGCCGUGAAGGCUGGGAGCGAGGAGAUCCUCAAGUACCUCAUCCAGCACGUUCCUGUGUCUCACCUGGACGUAACGGAGAAGGAGACAGGAGAGACGGCGCUCCACAAAGCCGCCUCCUCCUCUCAGAGGAGCAUCUGUCACUACCUAGUGGAGGCCGGGGCCUCGCUCAUGAAGACAGACCUGCAGGGUCAGACUCCCAGACAUCACGCCGAGAGAGCAGAGGACCGCCAGCUGGCUGAGGACCUGGAGGACCUGCAGACCCAUAAGGUCCACAGGGACGACCAUGAAACAGCAGUGUGACCUUUUCCGGCUUGUCCUCUCCUCAGACCUCCUCCUGCCCGUCCUCUCCUCAGACCUCCUGCCCGUCCUCUCCUCAGACCUCCUCCUGCCCGUCCUCUCCUCAGACCUCCUGCCCGUCCUCUCCUCAGACCUCCUUCCCGUCCUCUCCUCAGACCUCCUCCUGCCCGUCCUCUCCUCAGACCUCCUGCUCGUCCUCUCCUCAGACCUCCUGCCCGUCCUCUCCUCAGACCUCCUGCCCGUCCUCUCCUCAGACCUCCUUCCCGUCCUCUCCUCAGACCUCCUCCUGCCCGUCCUCUCCUCAGACCUCCUUCCCGUCCUCUCCUCAGACCUCCUCCUGCCCGUCCUCUCCUCAGACCUCCUUCCCGUCCUCUCCUCAGACCUCCUGCCCGUCCUCUCCUCAGACCUCCUGCCCGUCCUCUCCUCAGAACUCCUGCCCGUCCUCUCCUCAGACCUCCUCCUGCCCGUCCUUUCCUCAGACCUCCUGCCCGUCCUCUCCUCAGACCUCCUGCCCGUCCUCUCCUCAGACCUCCUCCUGCCCGUCCUUUCCUCAGACCUCCUGCCCGUCCUCUCCUCAGACCUCCUCCUGCCCGUCCUCUCCUCAGACCUCCUGCCCGUCCUCUCCUCAGACCUCCUGCCCGUCCUCUCCUCAGACCUCCUGCCCGUCCUCUCCUCAGACCUCCUGCCCGUCCUUUCCUCAGACCUCCUGCCCGUCCUCUCCUCAGACCUCCUAUCAGCUGGGUGCUGCUUCGUGUCCCUCUAAGGAGACAUUAAUAUUCAUAAAUAUUUGUCUUUAAGCAGCAUAGAGGUUCGUAGGAGGCUGCAAACCUCCACUGUCCUUCAAACUAAAAGCCUCUGUCCUUCAAAGUAAAAGCCUCUCUGGUGGGCUGCGUGUAGAUGUGUCUUUAAGGGUUAGGCUUUGUGGGAACAGGAAGUGACACGCUGUCUCCUCUCGUUUACUAUAAUUAAGUGUUUGCAUAUUCAGCUUUAAGACGAGCUUCACUGUAUAAAAUAUAUUUGUGGAUUAUAAAACAAAAGCUUUUCUGCUUCUGAGAUCAAACCCGCUGCAGGUUUCCAGAUGUUUCACCAUGUGGGAUCAGUUCUUUUGUGAUUAUUCGUUGUGUUGACUUUAAAAACAAGAUGUUUAUGUGUUUCUUUGCUUUAGUGAUGAAUUACAAUAAAAACAAUGUCAGCAACUU